UCGCUCUCUCGCUCAACCAACCAACUUAUAAAACCCGCUCUUUAAAAGUGCUCCGAGGCACUCAGCGCUAGUAACAGUUUAGCGGAUUGGUCAGCGAAGAUUCGUACUGGUCAACACCGACCGUCUUUCCCUCGCCUCUCUCUCAAACAAACAAACAAAUAAAUGGCAUCGCUUUCACGUGCAGCAUAACUGACCAGCUGAUCGGAAAUUUCAAAUUUAAACUGACCGUGCUUUUGUUUACCGAUCAGUUGUAUUGCAUGAAAGGAAACUGUUAUUUUCUUGCUUUGGAGAUUUAAUUUUGCUGUUUUUCUCCCUUUCUCACCUUUCUUUUUUUUUUCGGUUAAUUUCUUUCCCACUGUUUUUUAAUUUUUUUCUUUUAUUUAUUUAUUUUUUCUUUCGAUAGUGCCGUGGUUUUGCCACGAGCCGCAAGCGUGCUAAAUAGAUUCUAUUUGUUGUGUUGUUUGUUGUGAAGCGAGCAAGACGUACGAGCGUGUUGUUUUGUAACAUUCGCGCGUUAAAAGCGCUUUGGUUUCUUUCCAUGCGUGCGAAUGAAAAAAAGAAACUCGCGAUGAACUCCGUGAUUGUUAUUGUUUGUCUCAUUUUGACAACUUUCGAUGGAUCUUAUGGAAGCGGUCUCAAUGGAGGUUCUCCCGUAUUUUGCGACAAAGAAGGCGUAGAAGUGGAUAUACCUUGGAUAUCUUCAGAUCCAUGCAUCAGUUGCAAGUGUCAAGCGAAUAAACAAGUGAAAUGUGACCGAGAAAUAUGCCCAAACCAGCAUAAAUCUUGCUAUUUAUUACUCUUUGGACAAGAAAAGAAGUCUUGUUGUGAUAUGUGUAAAAAAUGUACUUACAAUGGAAAGGAUUACGAAAAUGGAGCUGAAUGGGCAGAUAUUGAAGAUCCAUGCAAAAGACUGUCGUGCCAGGGUGGAAUUGUGACAGAAACAACUGUUCAUUGUUACACGCCCUGUAGAAGUCCCCUUCCACCAGAGCCAGGAACAUGCUGCCCAAUUUGCCCAGAAUGUGUUACAAAAGAUUCUAAAGAAGGCGACAUUGACUUGGCAUUGCCUCAAACAGAUCCAUGCGUAACUUGCACAUGUCUGGGUAACAGUAGUUCCUGUUCGAAAAAGGCUUGUCCUGUUUUACCAUGUCCUCCAUCAAAGUAUAUUUAUAAACGAGGAAUGUGUUGUCCCGAAUGUGCUGGAAAUAGGAGACUGUUCAAUAUGGAUGGCAAAUGCUUCUUAGGAAUGCAAGUUUACAAGACUGGUGAUAUCUUUCAGAAGGAUCCAUGUACACUCUGCACUUGCAAUUACUCGACUAUUUUCUGUGAAAGGAGAUCUUGUCCACCUCUUGAAUGCAGACCGGAGCAUCAGAUCACUGAUGAAGAAGAAUGUUGUCCGCGCUGCGCGGAUCCGGAAGAGAAAAAAGCUGUGUGCAUGAUCAAUGGAAAAAUCCAUGAAGAUGGCUAUCGAUGGCAGAUGGAAAAAUGUACUCAAUGUAUUUGUAGAGACGGACAGGUACAUUGUGCUGUGGAACCUUGUGAGACUCAGAUCGUUUGUCCGGCUGGACAUACAUUGAAGACAAAGCCUGGAGACUGCUGUCCCUCUUGCGUUGAAGACGAUGGAGUGUGUACAGUAUUUGGCGAUCCUCAUUAUAGAUCUUUCGAUGGCAAAAUCUUUAAUUAUCAAGGCUCUUGCAAAUAUAUUCUAGCCAAAGACUGCACAAAUCGUUCUUUCUCAGUGGAAGUACUCAACGAGGCCCGUUACUCCAAAGAAUACUCAUGGACAAAAUCGAUCACUAUUAAGGCUAAUGGUACAAAAAUCCGACUUGGGCAAUAUAUGAAAAUCCAUGUUAAUCAUAAGCCAGUAAAACUGCCUUAUAUUGAAUUAGGAGUGCUGUCAGUCUUUCAAGAAGAGCGCAAUGUUUUAGUUCGAACUAAUCUUGGUAUGAAGGUCCUAUGGGAUGGAAAUAGUUACUUGGAAGUAUCUGUGCCAUCUUAUUUCAAAGAUCAUCUGUGUGGUUUGUGCGGUAACUACAAUGGUGAUCCUAAAGACGACUUCAAAACUAAAAAUGGACGCUUAGUCAACACGGCAGAAGAUUUCGGAAAUUCUUGGAGAGUUGGAAAAAUGAAACGUUGUGUCAUGUCUCAACCCUCUACACCAGACAUCACAAGAAAAUGGAAUAAUGAGGUUCAUGUUAGAGCAAUGAGAGAAUGCAACGUUUUGAAAUCGCCCAUCUUCAAACCUUGCCACAAAAAAGUCAGCGCAGUUCCGUACUACAAUUCAUGUUACCUUGAUGCUGGAGAAUGUAGACCCCGAGAUCGGUGCUACUGUGAGUCUCUCACAGCCUAUGCCAGACAGUGUGCUCGUGCUGGACAACAACUAGGUGACUGGAGAAGUUCAACGGGAUGUGACGGAAUGCGAUGCGGAAACGGUCAGCUAUAUAUGAACUGCGCCCCAGCUUGCCGUCGCACUUGCAAGAAGCCCAAGAGAGAUAAGUCCUGCCGGAGGCAGUGCCGACCGGGCUGCUACUGCCCUCCUGGUACUGUGUGGCACAGGAAGAGGUGCAUACCACUGGACGAAUGCCCCUCUUAAAGGAAAAACAUCUCUCACAAACUGCUUCCGUGAAGUGGUGCGUCAAUUUGGAUUGUGAACAACACAUCGCUGGCCGAACGCGGAAUUUUGUUUUCUUUUCAGCUUUAAGUUACCAAAUCGCCAUUACCGCACCAGAAUACGGCUGAAUACUUUGCUAGGAAGAUGUUGAAACUUUUUUUUUAACUUAUCGAACUUUUUAUGUUCUUAGAAAGAAAUGAUCGAUUGCCGUUUUGGAUAAACGGAGUGCUUGUUUUUGUCUAUUCUUUCUUUUGUUGGUCACUGUGAACAGAUACAUCAAACUCGGUGAUGACAAGAAAAAUUCCACGCUUCGUUUUAGCUAUUUCUGAAACAAUUUCAUUUUUAUAGUCUAGCCAUCAUUUUUUGAAUGCCAAAUUAUAGUGAGAGUUACUGAUCAUGUUCGUGCAUCAACAUUAUUAAAGACAAAAUUCUUCGUGUUACAGAUUUGUCAUGUUCAAACAAAGUAAGCUUCACUACAUGUCAUUAUUUUGUUAAUGCUUCUUUCCUAGCUUCAUGGUCUAGAACUUUCCCCUAAUUUUCAGAAUUAAGAAAAUGCUAAAUAUCUUCAUAAAAAAUUUUUUUAAUAAAAUAAGUUCUAUCAUUUCUCGAAUGGUUCAAAACUAGGAAGAAAACAAAGAUACAAAUUUGUUGGCAAUUCUAAAAAAAAUAGAACGUGCGGGGUUUUUUUUUUUUUUUCACAUGAAUAUUUAUUUUUAGAAAGUUAAAAAGAGCAUAUAAAAAAAAUUUUCGUUUCUUUUUUCUUUAUUGAAGAAAGGUUUUGAAUUUAAAAAUCUGAAGUCAUAGCAUUUUUUAAAGGUUGAGUCCUAAAAACUAUUCGCUCAUAUUUAUGAAUUUGAUUAAUAAUAUAAAAAGAAUAACAUAUGUGACCAUUAUGUUAAGUAAGACAAAAACAUUGUUAAACUUUCAGAAUUUUUUUAAAAAUCGCAAAUUAAGAAUGAAAAAAAAAAGUACAGAAUAAAUAUAUUUGUACAUUUCUUUACCACUUAUGCAUUUUACUAAUAUUUGACUCUGUUUCAUGGUCAUAGUUUCCUCUUAAUACUACUUUCAGAAAAUGGACCGUCAAACCUUGGAAAAUAUCUUAUCUGAACAAUUCAGAUUGAUCCACAAUGUAAUCUAUAUAUAAUAUCAAUUUAGAUGGGAAAACGAAUAACACUAAAUUAGAAAAGUAUUUCAUCAGGGCGAAUGUCUAUGCUUAUCUAAUUCUUAUAGCUUCACUGAUUAACUUACAAAAUAAUUAAUGACAGAAUAACACUAUAUAGUAUGGAGGUGGAACACAUAUAAAUGGAUUUUACAAGAUUUGUUCGUACACGUUUGAAUGAAUGUCCUUAAAAUGAAAAUUGAGCUGAAAAUAAAUUUAUAUACGCCUAUCAUAUUUCUGGAAAUUCAGAAUUUCUUCACUUUGUGUUAUAAUUCUAUAUGCAUCCAAAAAAAAAAAAAAAAAAAAAAAUGUGAACUCUCUUAAAAAAAUUCACUGAGGUCAACAAACUACCUUGUAACUUUACCUUUUUUUAAAAAGAAUUUCUAUUACCAGUAUUUAAAAUGCGAGGUUCAUUACAAGAUUUAUUCUCUCUAUUAAUAUAAUUCCAUGUUCGUAUUGAGGAAGGAUGAUGGAAAAAAGUUUUCUCAGACGAUGAAUACACAAAACGAUCUACCGCUCCUGUAUAAGGUAGAAAGUAUAACCGAAGAAUAUAAAAGAUUCUUUGCUAACAGAAAGAGAAACAUAAUUCAAAAACUGAAUAGAUGCACAUUGCAAAGGAGUACAAUGAAGUAGUCAUGGGUGACAAUCAUUGCAUCUGCUUGAAGAUUAGCGACAUUUUUGUUUUAUUUUUCCAGCUGGCCUGGAACAUCAUUUGAAUUGGUGAAUACUGAAAUUACUGAUCUCUUUAUCUAUUAAAUGUGGAUGUAUGUGUUGCUUUUGCGAUUUAUGUAUUACUUAUUAUUCAUACUGUGCAAGUCUUUACGUGUUGAUUUAUUGUAUGAAUUGUCUCUUGUGUGAAAAUCAUAUAUUUUUGUUUUUUAAGCAUCAUUGUGACGUCUAAGCAUUGAUGCUACAUCUUUCUCUUUUCUUGUUUUGUUAUUUAUUUUUCUUACAGCCAUAAUAUCGCUUAUGAAAUAAACUUUAAGUAUUUA